AUACACAUUUGGAAUAUCAACGGUAUUGAACCCAUUACCAUAAUGAGACGCCUAGGCUCAAAGGUAGAUAAGCCGGCACCGGCGCCAUCCGCGGACUUCUCCCAGUCCGAGAACAAAGGACUCCAGAUGGGUCAGAAUUAUGGCAAUCUAGAGGCUUCAUUCUACAGUGAUUCUAUCCUCGGAGUCAAUAUCGCUGCAGGAGCCUCCGUAUACAUGGGAGAGAAGAAGACUGUUGAAGAUAAGCUACUCGACGUCCUUAUUGCAGGAGACGGCAAAGAUAGAUGCGAUAUUGGCCGCCCAGAGCCCGGAACGUGUGGAUGGGUCUUUGAGCAUGAGGCCUUUCGUGGCUGGGUGUCGUCGGGUACCGCGACACACCCGCCGCUAUACAUUCAAGGCACUGCCGGAAGCGGUAAAAGUGUCUUACUCAAGUUCCUCGCCAAAGAGCUUGAAAAACGUAUGCGCGUUAGGACUCCGUCUACGUCAUCUCCGGUCGAGGAAGCGCUGCCCCUGGAGCUGGGUGUACCAGGGAAGACUAUCGCGGCUAUAUGUUUCUGCGACGACAAGAAUGAAAUGCGACGGAAGCCGAUUUGGAUUCUGAGGACGCUUCUGUACAAGACGGUGCAGCAGAAUCGGGAUUUGGCAAAGUAUGCAUUGAAACAUUUACAGAGCGCUGAGGAUCUUGAUAGUCCCGGGGCCGAUCCGGAUGAAUUCCAUUCUGUGGAUGUCUUGCAAAAGAUACUGCAAGAUAUAGUCUCAGAUUCAGAACUAGAGGUUCUCUACUUCAUCAUCGACGGCUUAGAUCAGUGUGGACCUCAUCUACCUGCUGUUGUUCGUCUGAUCAGUGACAUUUCCACAAGUGUCAACAAAGAAGCCGCUUCGAGAGGGGCAAAGUUCAGACUGCGCUGCAUCAUCUCUGAUCGAGGCAGUAAGAUUGUUCGAGACAAAUUGCUUCCCCAGCACAUCAUCGACAUGCCCAAGGACAACAGGCAUGACAUUGACAAAGUCACAGAAAAAAAGAUCAAAGACAUCCAAGACUAUCGCGAGUUCUCUGAUGAUGUUCUCAAAUCUACUAUAGAUUUACUAAAAGAAAGCUGUAAAGGAAUGUUCAAGUGGCUUUCACUGGUCUUGGAGGAUUUGAGUACUUGGGACGGUGCCUGGACCGAGAUCAAAGUCAAGGAAAGACUACACAACAUCCCUUCAGAUGUAGCGACGUAUUACAAAACAAUGCUGGAACGACAGCAGCGAGAUUCUGUCAGUACAUUGCGCACAUUAUUGACGUGGAUGUACUUUGCAUGCCGACCUCUGACGUUGCAAGAAUUGAAUGCGGCGUUGACUCUGCAAGAGAAGACAUAUACCUGUGGAGUGAGCACCGACGAAGAGAUUGACGCGUUACAACGCCGCAUCGAAAACAGUUGGGGUGCAUUAUUCCUGGUCCACGAUGGCACUGUUCACUUGAGUCACCAGUCCGUGAAGGAUUUCUUGUCAGAUGUCUUCAGUGACGAGGGGGCGAAAGAAUACGAAGGAUAUGGAAUGUCAAGGUCAGACGCACAUCGGCAAAUGGCGGCAACAUGCUUGAGGUAUCUCCAGAUUAGCGAUGUCUAUAAGCGCGAAGUCCCUAAACCUCCUGUCAAUAACAACGGUAUGAUAGAUGAGACACAGCUUAUAACAGUGAAAGAGAAGUACCUUGAAGGGUUCCCUUUCUUGCAGUACACUGUGGAAUUUCUGGGUCACCACCUCCGAGAAAGUCGGAUCCAAGAAGAAACCGACGUCCCAGGAAUGAAGGAAUUCUUCAGCGCUGAUUCAGCAGCGCUAUUGAGCUGGGUGCGCUCAUAUGACCUCUUGAAGCGAUGGGCAAGUGGAAAAUAUUCAGGGUUCUCCAGUAGUACCAGUUUGCUCUUCGUCGCAGCACGACUUAAUCUACCCUGGCUAGCCAACCGCGCAACAACGUGGAGAUCUAUUGGAUCCCUCCCCGUUGAUGUACGUACUCCGGACAUGUCCGGCUGGAGCGCUAUACAUCUCGCUGCGGACUCAGGGGCGGCGGAGAUGGUAGCCUGGCUCCUGGAGAAUAAUGCGUAUGUGGAUGCCGAAACAAUGGGAUACUCACAUCCGGGUCGUACAGCUCUACAUUUUGCAGCUUCCAAACGGUCCGAUGCUGGACCUCAGAUGGUUCAAAAGCUGCUCGAGGGAGGUGCAAAAGCCACAGCUCAAACGAGACAAGGCGGAAACACACCGCUUCACUAUGCUGUCGACGGUCGCUCCGUUGCAACUGUGCAGGCCUUGCUAGCAUCCGGCGCCGAUGCAAAUGCUACAAACGGCUCUGGCAUCACUCCUCUUCACAAAGCAGUCGCUAUUCCAGGGCUAGAGGAGCUCGUUGAGGCAAUGCUCAAAGGUGGUGCUGACCCCAACAAGAAGACCAGCAUUGGCACAGUGUCUGCUGCUCGGGCAUUGGUAAGCCUGAAAGUCUCUCGGAAUAUGUGGCAGAAUCGCUAUGACGCCAACGUCUCGCAGAGCGCACUACAUAUCGCAGCGAAAGCAAAGGAUGCAGAACGGACUGUUGAGGUUCUCCUCCAACGAGGGGGAGCUGAUCCAAACUGUCGAGACGGCGCUGGGCGGACUGCACUCCACGUUGCAGUGGUGAGACCGGAUGCCGAGGCCAUCACAAAGCUGCUGAUUGAUUCUAGGAUCGACGUGAAUGCGCAGGACAUGGAUGGCAAGACGCCGUUGCUUGUAUUUUUGACUGCGGCAGCACUAGAGGCAAAAACUCAGCCGCCCCUUCCACUAGAGAUUGAUGACCAGGCAUAUCGGGAACGAGUUCUCGAUAUUUUGUUAUCAGCAGGAGCAGAUCCAUCUAUCGAGGCGAAAGACAAAUCAUCCUCUAUCAGCUAUGCCAAAGAAGCACAAUUGCAGUGGGCAAUCGAUAAAUUGGAACAAAGGCUUCGAGAGACCGGAAAUCACACCAAUAUCCCCAAGCAGGAGCCUGAACCUGUCAACGGCGAAAAGGGUGUGAAGAAAGGGUUCCUAGAUGCUCAAGCGUCCCGAUGGAUACCCAAGAGAUCUUGGUCAUAGUCAACAUACCGGUAUGGCUCUUUAGGAAUGACGAUAGUAUUCAAUGAGGGCUAUGUUCAAAUACACAGAUAGGGGCCAAAUAAUACCGUAACUCAUUCCUACUGUUAUCGUUCUGCAAGUGCCGUUCUAUGGGAAUCCGUCCGAGCUUUACAAUUCGCAGUGUUGUCCUUGCUAUUGUGAAGUCUAAACUAUACUCUGUAAGGCACAUAUUUCCAUCGAUUUUCGUCUCUUUAUAAAUAUGACCUGUAAGCCCAC